UUUUGACCUGCCCCCAUUGCCUUAGGGAGGCUGUGUCUUGGGGAAAUUAUGAAGGGGGACAAGGGUCGCGCAGCCUCCGGGCGAUUCUCGUGCAGGCCGUGAGGACCGGCUUUAUUUCCAAAGGCACACUCCGCCUGUUGCUGGGCUCGGCCGAGACGGCCGCAAACAGGAUUUGCAAAGUGCUGGCGGUCAACCAGGAGAACGAGCACCUGAUGGAAGACUACGAGAAGCUGGCUUCGGACCUGCUGGAGUGGAUCCAGCGCACCAUCCCCUGGCUGGAGAAUCGCGUUCCCCAGAAGACCAUGCAGGAGAUGCAGCAGAAGCUGGAGGACUUCCGCGACUACCGGCGGGUCCACAAGCCCCCCAAGGUGCAAGAGAAGUGCCAGCUGGAAAUCAACUUCAACACGCUGCAGACCAAGCUGCGGCUGAGCAACCGGCCCGCCUUCAUGCCCUCCGAGGGGAAGAUGGUCUCGGACAUCAACAAUGGCUGGUGCCACUUGGAGCAGGCGGAGAAGGGGCACGAAGAAUGGCUGCUGAACGAGAUCCGCCGGCUGGAGAGGCUGGACCACUUGGCGGAGAAGUUCCGGCAGAAGGCGUCCAUCCACGAGUGCUGGACCGAAGGAAAAGAGAGUCCACCUAAACAUUAGGAAGAACUCCCUGACCGUCAGGGCUGUUGGACA